UCUGGAGAGCUUAGCCAGUGAGCUAGCUCACGACACCGGUUGUGUUUUGUUUGAAAAUGGCAGAGAAGAAAAAUAAUACGAGUUCAAGUACAAAUUUACUUUUCACUACGGCACCACAAUUAAACUUCAAUUUACCUUUCAUUCCUGUCAGUCAAGCGUGUGGACCUGCUGUCCUAUCGGGAGAUGACUCGGUGGAGGUGGGGGAGGAGGACAGUUUCCUUGGGCAGAGCAGUGGAAUCCCGGCGCAGCCGUCCACCUUGAACUACUUCUCCGGCGCGGCCAACAGCAACGACCCGUUCGCCUGCAUCGGGGCCCGGCCCGGCCCCUCCGCGUCUCCGUUCGGCCCCGCGGUGACGGCCCCGGCCCGCGCCCCCUCCCCCCUGCCCCCCGCCGCCCUCCCCCAGCCCCCCGCCACGCUGCCCCAGGGCCCCCCCGCCUUUCAGCCCGGCGCCGCGGCCUCGCCGCUCCUGAGCGCGCAGCAGUGCCCCCCGGUGUCUCAGUUUGGAACUGCGGUUUUCCAGAGGCCGCAGCAGAGCUCCCCCUCCCCCCCGGCCCCCCCCCAGGGGUACAACCCCUACCGCCACACCCCCCUGAGCAGCCGCGCCAACCCCUACCUGGCCCCCCCCGAACUGCAGCCGCACCAUGCCCCCCCCCAGCUGCAGCACGCGGGGUUCCCCCCGCCGACCCCCCCCAGCGCUGCGCCCCCCCUCCCACAGCCCGGGAUGCCCCCCCCCACACAGGGUCAGGUUCCUCCAAUCAGCGCCGGGCCCCUUGUCCCGGCCCCGCCCACCAUGCCGUACACCUACCCUGUGUACGAGCAGGUCCAGCCGCACUGGUUCUUCUGCAAACACGUCGAGUCCAAGAACAUCUGGCUUCCUUUCAGCGUCCUGGACUCUGUGCAGCUGGAGGAGACCUUCAACUCUGUCCAGCCGGACCCGGAGAGCGUGCAGGUGCGCACAGACGGGGGGCGCUAUGACGUGCAGCUGUAUGACCGGCUGCGCAGCGCCGUGUUCUGGGAGGAGGAGCCGUCAGAGGUGCGCCGCUGCACCUGGUUCUAUAAGGGCGACACCGACAGCCGCUUCAUCCCCUACUGCGAGGAGUUCAGCGACAAGCUGGAGAGUGAAUAUAAGAAAGCAGUCUUCACGAAUCAGUGGCACCGAAGACUGGAGUUUCCUACGGGGGAAACGAUUGUAAUGCACAACCCCAAGGUGAUCGUGCAGUUCCAGGCCUCCGCAGUGCUUGACGAAUGGGGCACCACGCAGGAUGGCCAGACCCGCCCCCGCGUCGUCAAGCGGGGAAUCGACGACGACCACGAUGAGAUCCCAGACGGUGAGCUGCCGCAGGUGGACCACCUGGUGUUCAUGGUGCACGGGAUCGGCCCCGUGUGUGAUCUCCGCUUCAGGACCAUGGUGGAGUGCGUGGAUGACUUCCGCAGUGUGUCUCUGAAGCUGCUGCACAGUCAUUUCCCCGCCCAUGAUGAGCGGCAGAUCAGCCGUGUGGAGUUCCUGCCCGUGCAGUGGCACACGGCUCUGCAUGGAGACGCCACCGGCGUGGACAGGAGGAUUAAGAAGAUCACACUCCCCAGUACGGGCCGGCUGAGGCACUUCACCAACGAGACGCUCCUGGACGUGCUCUUCUACAACAGCCCCACCUACUGCCAGACCAUCAUGGACACCGUCGCCAUGGAGAUGAACCGCCUGUACACCCUGUUCCAGCAGAGGAACCCCCAGUUCAGAGGGGGCAUCUCUGUGGCAGGGCACAGUUUAGGCUCUCUCAUCCUGUUCGAUCUGCUGUCCAAUCAGAAGACUGGCUCCCCGUCACAUGCCCUUUCACCCGCCAAUGGAAAGAGGCCUGUGGAGGAAAAACAGGCCGCCAGCUCGGUGUCUCAGACCAACGGCAUUAUGGGCCAGGCGCCCCCCCCGGUGGAGGAGCCGGCGGCGGAGGAAGGGGAGGAGUUUCCGGACCUGAGCGCCGUGCUUGAGCACCUCAGCCUCUCAGACUACCUCAGCACCCUGGAGGACGAGAAGGUCGACAUGGAGUCCCUCCUCAUGUGUACAGUGGAGGAUCUGAAGGAGAUGGGGAUUCCUCUCGGGCCCAGGAAAAAGAUCGCCAAAUUUGUGAAGGAACGAGCCAGCAAGCAGGAGAAAGCAGCACAGAGAGCAGCUAAUGCCCCUCCUCCUCCCCUGGCCCCUCCCAUCCAAUCUGAGCCAAUCCCAGCACCCCAUCCCGUCCAAUCAGAGUCCACCGCAGGGACCCUCUCAGUCCAUGGGGCGGUCUCCUCCAUGCCUGUGGACUACGACUACUUUGAAGUUGGCACAGGACAGGUCUCGGUGGUGUACCCCUCCCUGGACUUCCAGCCGGUAAGCUUCUUCGCCCUGGGCUCCCCCAUCGGCAUGUUCCUGACAGUCAGGGGCUUGGAGAGGAUCGAAGAGACCUACCAGCUGCCCACCUGCAGGGGAUUCUUCAACAUCUACCACCCGUUGGAUCCGGUGGCCUACAGGAUUGAGCCCCUGAUAGUUCCUGACCUGGAUCUGAAGCCCGUGCUCAUCCCCCAUCACAAAGGCAGGAAGAGACUGCACCUGGAGCUGAAGGAGAGCCUCAGCAGAAUGGGCUCGGACCUGAAGCACGGCUUCAUCAGCUCCCUGAAGACCGCCUGGCAGACGCUCAACGACUUCGCCCGCGCACACACCUCCUCCCCACAGCUGCAGGCCGAGCUCGAGAAGGUGGCCAAUCAGAUCAUCGAGGAGGAGGAGAAACAGGGAGUCGCCGGCGGUUCUGUAGUGGACAAGAUUGUGGAAAGCCCAGACUCCUCCAAGGAGGAGGACCCGCUGGUGAAGAUCGGGAUGCUGAACGGUGGAAAGCGCAUCGACUACGUCCUGCAGGAGAAGCCCAUCGAGAGCUUCAACGAGUACCUGUUCGCCCUCCAGAGCCACCUCUGCUACUGGGAGUCUGAAGACACCGCACUUUUGAUUCUGAAGGAGAUCUACAAAACCAUGGGAAUAUCUCCCGAACCGUCGACCCAUUGACAGACACACUCGAUAUCUGCACAUGCGGGUCACAGAUGUUCUGAAGCAGCUCCAGUCCAUCGAGUUUGAGCUCUGUAGUGUCAUUCACACUGAGUUAUACUGUCGAGGCAGGCUGAUUAACUUAAUACCUUCUUUUUUGUAUUUUUUAUUUUGUAUCCCACUUUCCUAAAUCUAAUGUAUUAAGAUAUAUAUUCAUCUGUAUUUUGUCGAGGCCAAAAAAAGAACAUUUCAACCGAAUUAAACUGAAGACUUGCUGUAGAAAUGGUGUUUUGAUCAUGUAAAAUUAAACUACCGAUUGGGGUUUUGGAAUAUUACUUGUAGUUAAUCCACCAAUUUGUAUCAAAAUCGUUUUAUUCCUUUUAUUUCUGCAUAACUGGAGACCAACCAUUGCCCUUGGAUGGGUUAUAGUUCGCUUGGCUGACCAUAGAGUCAUCCAAUAAAGACUUUAAUAUCA